CAUGAAGCGUAUCUCAAGUCCCUUGGUGCUACUCACGUAUUCGACAGACACCUGUCUGCUGGCGAUCUCAAGGCUGCUGUCAGCAAAGUUACAAGCAGUCCGAUUAAUUAUGUGUAUGAUGCCAUCUCUGUGCCUGAGACACAGCAGAUUGGAUGGUCGCUUCUUGGUCCUAAAGGAUUCCUGGUUUUGACACUUCCGGCCUCAGUCAAAGAAGAGGAAGGAAAGGAACGCAAAGCGAUUCAGACGUUUGGAAGCCCACAUGCGAAGGAAAAUCAGUCGCUUUGUAGCGGAUCGUGGGCCACACUUUCAAAGUGGCUCGAGGACGGAACCAUCAAGCCAAAUAAGUACGAAGUUCUUCCGAAUGGGCUUGAAGGUAUUAUCGAGGGAUUGGAACGAAUGAAGAAGGGGCAAGUGAGCGGGAAAAAGCUGGUUGCCCACCCGCAAGACACGAAGUGAUUCAGAGGACAAAGGAGUUGAUGAGGAAGUUAGCUAUGCGAGUGUCGAGGAAGGGUUUCAUGUUUAUAUUGAAGCACCGCUGUAUCUGUAAAGCCAAUAUGGCACGUAGUAAAAUCAAAACCUGUGAUCCAUUCGAGCAGUACAAGAGCAGAAGGAACGACUGUCUUCCUUUUGUUAUGGUCUGA